CUAGACAGAUAUACACGCAGCCUCGAGUUGAAUGGUGAUCUAGCUCGGAGUAUUCGCCAAUCUUCUAUUCGCAAUCCGGCAGCUACUACUACGGCUUUAAUUCAUCCCCCCAUCUCCUCUUCGAAUCAGCUGCAUCCCUCCAACAUCAGUAAAUCUGGUCUUUUAUCUGGACCUAGAGGUCCGAUUGGAUUUGAACUUUCUGCUUCCAAUGGAUCAGUGAAAAUAACCUCUGUUGUGCCAGAGGGCUAUUCACUAACAUCAAAGUCAACCGAUGAAGUGCGUUACCGAGGGCAGCUGGCAACUCAGUCUUGGAAGAAUGCCGUUGGUGCUGGAAAGCAGGAUGUCGUUUCUGUGAACCAGCAUGCUCUGAUGACAGAACGUAAACAAUGA